UCGCUUGGUGAGGUUUUCUGAGGUGCCGUUUUAACUGUAACCGUUACAGUCAACAUUCAAAGAGUGGCAGUAUGUAAUUUUAAUUAAUACAGAAGUGAAAGAGAAUUAACGACAGACAAGGAGACUUUAACAAUAAUGUUACUUUACUCCCGUGAAUAACGACGCAACAUGCAUAGAAUCAUUUUUUUCAUUCAGUUGAAUGUUACAGUUCAUGUACAUACCUUCAUUAGAUAAUCUAUAUUAAGUUUUAGAAAGAGUAGUUGGGCAUGCAGUUCUGUGGUGAGAUACUCGACUGGCUGAAUGAGACGGAAAAACUCUUCACUGCUCGUGCCGCAAUAGGAGGCGCCAAGAGCACUUGCCGGCACCGGAAGUAAAGUGGUCAGUGUCUGUUCACAGCUGUGGCUGCACAGUGACAGCAAUGUCUACACUCAAGAAAAAAUGGGUGGCUUCCUCGACGCGUCAAGACAACAGCCAGUGUACACCUCAGAGGUUCUUCCAGCUUGCCAGAUGAGAUUCCUGAAUACCUGUCAGAAUGUUGGAUGAUUUGAGGAAACAGACAGAGUCCAGUACAUCCCAACCAAUGGCAAGAGUAAAAUGUUCAAGAAAAAGAAGUAUUGGUGUGAUUUCAAAGGAGAAUUACGACUGCCUUAGAUUAAAACUUGAAGGAGGUGACAUUCCCAAGGAUAGCAAGACUGUCAAGUUUUACCAUGUCUGCCAGAAAAUACGGAAGUUCAAUUUAUCUUUGACAGAAAUUCACAACCCUGUCCAAGGAGAAUAUAGAUUGGAGAUUAUUGAUGGGGACAGGAAAAUAGUGAUAUCAAAGUCAGAACUUGAUAAUGUCAUCUGCAAAUUUUACACUGAGUUGCGGGGUUCUGGAGCAAAGAAAAUAAGAACAUUGAUAAACCAGUAUUAUGCUGGCAUUUCUCAGGAAGCCAUACAAGACUUUAUAGACAGGCAAGAUGACAGGCAACUGUUACAUCCUAAAUUUGUUAAUGCUGCCAAACUAAAACCGGUGAUUUCAAGAACACCAAUGGGGCGACAUCAGGUUGACCUUGUGGGACUAACUGGAAUGCCUGCAGAAAAUGAUGGUGAAACAUUCAUUUACAUCUUGUCUGUUAUUGAUGUUUUCACAAGAUUCUUGUGGCUUCGGCCUCUUUCCAACAAAAGAGCCUGUUCGGUGGCAUUGGAACUCCACAAAAUCUACUUUGAGUAUGGAUGGGCAAAUCCAAGAAUCUUACAAUGCGAUCAAGGCUCCGAGUUUAAGGGAGCAGUCAACCAACUCUGCAUUGAAAUGGGAACGAAGAUUGUCCGAAGUCGGGCUCACCAUCCCCAAUCUCAGGGAAAGAGUGAACGAUCACACCGGGAUUGGAAAAGCCAUCUGGAAUUUGAUCACAGCAAACAUGGUGAUGGAGAAAGCUUCAACUGGGUGGAAAAGUUGCCAGCAUAUGCUAGAAUACACAAUGAAAGCAUUCAUUCUGCACUUGGUUGUUCACCAUACAAGGCCAUGCUGGGCUGCCCUCCAGUACACUUCAAGAAUUUGUUGAGAGCUGGGAAUACAGUUGAUGCAUACUCUUGCUCUGAAGAAGAUGAGCAGUGCGAACUAUCUGCAGAGAGUGAUGAGGAUACUGGAGACGAAUAUGGCAUUAAUGGGAGAAUAGAAGCAAUCACAAACCUCAGGAAAAAUGUGCUGCAGGCGUCACUGACCAAAUCAUCAGAAAUGAUUCAAAAACACCACGAAAACAAGGACACAUCAGUGUACAAGAUAGGGGAUGAAGUUCUGGUGAGGGUUCAUGGAAAAGAUACCAGAGUCAAACGAGGUGGGCCCAAAAAAGGGAUGAAAAAACGCAAGGAAGGAACUAUUGUCGAAAUAGAUUCCCAGAACUCCCAAUUCAAGGUUGCCUAUCCGAACAAGCAUGUGCAGUGGGAGCAGGUGUGUGACAUUACUUCUCGGACAAGAAAAGAAGAGAAGAGGAGAAGAAUGAGGACAUAUGAAGAUGCUCUGCCAGAUGCAAGAGAAGAGGGUAGAAAGCCAAUCAAAAGGGGAAAAACACAGGAUGAAAAAGGAAUGGGAGAACAACAGGCUCAAACCAAGAGGAGAGACAAUGCAGAAACAAAAGGACACAAGAAGACGCCAACUAUGAAAGAACUGGAGAUGGAGGCCUCAUUCUAUGACCUUGACAUUGUGGACAAUGAAGGGGCUGGUAACUGCAUGUUUAUUGCAUUGGCUCAACAGCUUCAAAUACAUGACAUUGACAUAACCAGCCAUAAACAUCUGCGAGAAAAGGUUGUGCAAUAUGUGCAGGGCAAGCAGCGUCUGUUCAAGGACUUCGUGGAUAAAAACCAUUAUCCAAAAUUCAGAGACUAUAUCAUCAAGAUGAAGAUGUUGGGGGAAUGGGGAGACAACAUCAUUCUCGGGCAACAGCUGACCUCUAUAAGUGAGGAACAACUUCAAAGGCAUGAUGAGUUUGUCAGCGGCUUCCCAACACCAGACCGAAGAGUCAAUUUUGCAGAGGGAUAUCUGUCUCAAUAUAUGCAGCAAAAAAUGCUUCAGUACUUGAUAUCAGCUUUGACAUUAACCAGACUGAAAGAUACACGGAGGAUAUACUCGGGCAGUAUGCGACUGUUCAAGUGCAAGGUUGAAAAGAAGCUGGAACUUUUAACGCAAAAGCACAUGAUAGCUGCCACAGAUUACCUGAUGUAUGUUGGGGUAAAGGAAGCUAUAAUUUAUAUUCUGAUGGAUGUGCUGAAUAAACCCUAUGAAGAAGUCAACUAUGAAUGUAAAUCAACAGAAUUUGAUGCCAGUCAAGUUCCAGGGAGGGGUGUCCACAUCACUGUGGAUGACGAAUAACCAUGGCUUGGUUCACACAGGGAGGAUUAAAAUGCCACUGUUAUACAGGAUGACUGACUUGCUGGAUGAGUUGUGAUGAUUGUGCUUGCACACUGAUAUCAACACCCACAUAUAUUAUCUUUACAAGAAAAGUAAUUUGAUGUACAUGAACCACAGUGACAUGUCAUUUUGUAACAUUAGUAUUUCUUUGUAUGACAUUGUGUGAAUUUAUUAGGGCUGCAACGGGUUACUCGGGUACCUGGGUCGGGUGGGUACUGAGUAGGAUCCGGGUACCCACAGGACUGCCUGGACCCAUGGUUAGUCAUGUGAUAUAUUGUUUAAUGACAAAAAUUAUCUCGAACUCUAUGCUUACACUAAAAGUCACUCAUGUUCGCAUUUCUUUCUGACUAUGCACCCAUUCCUUCUGACUUAGGAUUUUCUUUUGGCCACUGAUAGUAAAUCCCAUUUCUAACUUGAGAGCAGAAUAUGAAUGCUAUGGGUCAAUAUUUCUAAUUUUAAGAGAUUUUGG